AUGGCUACUCACCAGUACUACCAGCCAAGCAUGGCCAUGAACAUGCCUUCAAAAGCACCCGCGCCGGCAGGUCUUUAUCCAGUCGGUCGCGUGGCUGUUCAGCCAGCAGACUUUUCGGACAGCAGCACAACCGGUGGCAGCCGAACCACUGGCUACAGCGGCACCACCAGCAGCUACUCUGGCAGCAUCAGCGGCGACUACGAAUCCAGCACAAUGUCCGGCGUCGACGUGGUCGACAUGUUGAAUGAGCGAGUCCAUGGCUCUUUCGAUCCGAUGCCACUCGAUCGAGGAUUGGCGACACAGGCACAAACAUCGGGACACUUGAAUGCGAAGCAGCAAGAAUUGCUCGAACUUCAGGCACUUGCUCAGCGUCGCUUGAAAGGAGUGCGCUCCAGCUUCAACGAGGGAUUGAAAGCGGCGAAGGAAACGAAGAGGGAUCUUGAAUGGACCUCGAAACGCGUGAGUGCCCUGAAAGCCAAGGCCGAGAAAGCGCAUCCAGAGGAGUAUCGCCGAGCGACCAGCAAGUACGCCUUCGAUGAUGACUACUGA